AUGGAAGAUUCAUUUAAUUUCAAUCUACUAAGGAUAUCAGUAGCACAAAUACUAAAGUCACAAGGGUUUGAUAAAUGCAAACCAUCAAUACUAAACAUCGUCACAGAUUUAUAUAUAAAUUUUUUCAAUAAAUUAGUUCAAGAAUCUAUAAAAUGUAGUCAACAAAGAACUCAAACUAAUGAUCCAGAAUUACAAGAUAUUAUGCAAAGUAUGAUAAAUAUUGGACUUAUAAAAUCUACAAAUUUUCUACAAUUAUAUGAUGAAUAUUUUGAAGAAUCAAAAUAUAAUACAAAAUCUAUAAAUUCAUUUAAAUUAUGGAUAUUAAAAAGUUAUGGUUUCAAUUUAAUUACAAAAUUAAAUAGAGUACCUAAAAAUCUUAUUGAAAAUUUAAUUGAAAAAAGGAAAAUUAAUGAUGAUGAUUUAGAAACAGAAUUAGAGAAAAAGAGAAAGAAACAUAAAGAAAGACAAGAAUUUUAUAAUCAAUUAAAAUUAAAUGAUAAUGACCUUAUUCAAAAACAAAUUCAAAUUGAUGAAAAUUUAGAAAAUGAAGAAGCAAAAGCCAAAACAAGAAUUUUAAAUCAAUCAAUUGCCAAAAUGAAAUGGUUAAAUUAUUUAAUUGAAAAAAAUUUAAAAUUAGGUCAUAAUUUAAAAUAUUUAAAUUUAAAUGAAUAUAUCUUAAAAGAAUUUUUAAGUUUACAAAAUGAUUCAAAUUUUCAUCCAAAUUCAAAUGAAAAUUUUAAAAAUUUAAUUGAUACAUUGACAAAAUUAGAUCAAAAUCAAUAUCAAAUUAUAAAAUUAGAUGAAUCUUUGAGUAGUCAGAAUAAAGAACAAAUUGAAGAAAAUUUGAAAUUAUUAAAAAAGGAAAAAGAGUUGAGGAAAUUUUUGCCUUAUAAUCUUGUUAAUGUAGCAGAAGAUGAAGAUGAAUUUGAAGAUCAAUUGAUUAAAAAUCAAGAUGUUAUUGAGAAUGAUGAUGAAAAUAAGAAUGAAAAUGAUAAUGAAAAUGAAAAUAAUAAUGAGUUUAAUGAUCAAACUUUCCAUGAGGAUAUAAUUCAAGAGGAUAAUGAACUUUUCAACGAAUCAAAUCAAAUGGAAUCUACAAGCUUGCAACUAGAUCAACCGAUGGAUGAGGAAGAAGAAACUUAUGAAUAA